AUGAGCGAGCCGCCGCGUCGCUCCUCCUUCGGAAUGUUGCUCCGACGUAAAUCUAAUAGCGAUCUCAAGGGGAGCAAGAAGCAGCGAGAGCUUAGGGAGCAAGAGCUGCAGCGCCAACAUGCCGUCCCAAAGUCUCCCCCACGGCUACCCGAUCUCUACAAUGCACUGUCAGGUGGUGUGCGUCCAGACUCGCUUGCUAUAGUUUCGGGCCAGGCAGAUCCCCAUCAUCACCAGUACCACCCACAACAACAACAACAACACCGGCAACAAAAACACCAAUACCCUCCAUCAGGCAGACCAUCGAUGGAUCCUGGCCGUCCCUCCAUCUCCUCUAACCCACCCGUUCCUCCCGUCCCUGCUGUCCCUGCCGUCCCGAACGGAUCGUUGGUCGAUCCUUAUGCUCGCACUGAAAGCAUGACGCACCGUGGCCGUUACAGCUAUGCUAGCAGUGCUAUCAGCACCAUCAACAGCCCUAGGAGGGUCCGCAGAAGAAAGGACCCCACACCUUUCAACAUUCUCAUCAUGGGCACUAGUGGCUCCGGCAAGACGUCAUUCCUCGAGUUUCUCAAGACCGCCUUAGCUCUGCCUCCGAAGAAACGCUCUCAGCGAGCAACCGAGAUCGGGGAAGAGGUGACGGUCAAAGCCGCCGCAUCAGGCAACUUCAUUCCCCACUACCUCGAAAGCGAGAUCGAUGGUGAACGGAUCGGACUGACACUAUGGGACUCGGAGGGCCUCGAGAAGAACGUGGUGGACCUCCAACUAAGGGAGAUGUCAUCUUUCCUGGAGAGCAAGUUCGAGGAGACAUUUGCUGAAGAAAUGAAGGUGAUAAGAUCACCGGGCGUACAGGAUACGCACAUUCAUGCAGUAUUUCUCAUCCUCGACCCGGCUCGUCUCGAUCGCAACAUUGUCGCGUCAAAAGCCGUGGCUUCGAAUGGUCAGCAUGGCAGAUACCAGUCCAACGCUUCACGCGUCGUUGGGGGCCUAGAUGAGGAUCUUGAUCUACAAGUAAUGCGAACACUCCAGGGCAAGACGACAGUCAUCCCGGUUAUCUCCAAAGCAGAUACAAUCACCACGGCGCACAUGGCGGUGCUCAAGAAGACAGUUUGGGCGAGCCUCAAGCAGGCCCACUUCGACCCUCUGGAAGCCCUCGGUCUCGACGACGAGGACGGCUCUCCGGAUUCUAGCAGAAUCGAUGAGGGCGAUGAGGAAGAUGCCGAGGACGGCGAGAAGUUAUUAAACGAAGCAGAAGACAGCGAGGAGACAGAUAGCGAUGGAUUUCCCAUUCAAGGCCGAAGCUCGCCGACUACCCAGAGACGUUCAAGUAACUCGGCUCGCCGGAUCAAAACGGAGGAGGACAUCGACCAGCUUCCAUUGCUUCCCAUGUCUAUCAUCAGCCCAGAUAUCUACGAGCCGGGUGUCAUUGGCCGCAAGUUCCCAUGGGGCUUCGCUAACCCAUACGACGAGGAGCACUGCGACUUUACUAGACUCAAGGACGCCGUCUUCAACGAGUGGCGAGGCGAGCUACGUGAAGCCAGCAGAGAGCAGUGGUACGAAGGCUGGAGAACCAGCCGACUCAAGCACCGCGAUUCUUCAGUUCGACGACGAUGA